AUGCAGAAACGGAGAACGGUGAAGGAAUCAACGGCGAGAAAUGGGAAGGGUUUUCUUGAUUCCGGCGAAAAGAAGAAGAGAUUGAUGAAGUUUGAGGAGUUACCUAGGUAUCUCAAAGACAAUGAGUUUAUACACAAUCAUUAUCGAUGUGAAUGGUCUCUUAAAGAAACUUUCUUCAGUGCUUUCUCUUGGCAUAAUGAGACUCUCAACAUUUGGACGCAUUUAUGUGGGUUUGUGAUAUUUGCUUGGAUGAUGGUGGUGAGUUCUCUGGAGACGACGGAGAUUGGUCUCGCCGGUUUCGUCAGUGUCUUCUCCGGAGCUACAAUUCGCUGGCCAUGGCCGUCAAUGGCAAAAGAUGUUUAUUACUUCUCCAGCGAUCAAAUUCUGUAUCACGAUUCGAACGUGACACACACUAGUUCGUUCUUGAAUUCUCAAGGAGAAGUUCACUACGAAACCAUUCCGAAAUGGCCAUGGCUUGUGUUCUUAUCCGGAGCAAUGUGUUGUUUGAUCUGCAGUUCCAUGUCACAUCUCUUUGCCUGCCACUCUAGACGGUUUAACCUCUUCUUUUGGCGCUUAGACUACGCCGGAAUCUCCCUCAUGAUCGUCUGCUCGUUCUUCGCGCCUAUCUACUAUGCAUUCUCUUGUCACACUUACUGGCGUCUCUUCUACCUCUCCUCGAUCUCAAUCCUCGGUCUCCUAGCCAUCAUCACCCUCCUCUCUCCUUCGCUCUCAGCUCCACGUUUCAGAUCUUUCAGGGCAGCUCUUUUCCUAACAAUGGGAUUCUCCGGCGUCAUACCUGCCUCACAUGUGCUUUUCCUUCAUAAGGAUCACCCAAACGUCCUUAUCGCCCUCGUUUAUGAGCUUGCGAUGGCUGUGUUGUAUGCAACAGGAGCAGGGUUUUAUGUUAGCCGUAUACCUGAGAGAUGGAAGCCCGGCGCUUUCGAUCUUGCGGGACAUAGCCAUCAGAUAUUCCAUGUGUUUGUAGUGUUAGGAGCUCUUGCUCAUAGUGUUGCCUCUCUUCUAAUCAUGGAUUUUCGACGGGCUUCACCUUCUUGUGCCUUUUAA